AAACAUAUGAUUGAAGUGUUGAAAGUAAAUCUAUAAUACAAUAAUUCAUUUGAUUUCAAGUGUUAAUUGAAUUGAAUUGAAUUUAAUGAAGAUUUUUGAUGAAAAUGUUGAAACCGUUGACAAAAUUUGUUAAUAAUAACUCAUUUACUGUUCAUUUGUUAUAUUCAUUGAUUAUAAGACUUUUGUUGAUAAUAUUGAGUGAAAUUCAAGACAAAGUGUUGACUUUGAAGUAUACGGACAUUGAUUAUCAGGUUUACACCGAUGGCUCCCGAUAUGUCUGGUCGGGUGAAUCACCAUUCAAUAGACUGACCUAUCGGUACACACCAUUGAUUGCCUUUCUUCUGGUACCAAACAUAACACUUUUCGGCCAAUUCGGCAAAAUAUUGUUUGCCGUAUUGGAUGUAAUAACGGGAGGAUUGAUUUAUUCAGUUUGUGGCCAUUAUGUGGACAAACGUCGGGCCAAAAUAUGUGCGGCCGUAUGGCUGUACAAUCCAUUGCCAGCCAUUAUAUCGACGCGUGGAAGCGCUGAAGCAGUUAUCACAACUCUAGUCUUAUUAACCCUUAAAUGUGUAGUCAAUGGCCAACUAGUCUUUGCCGGUCUUGUCUAUGGUUUUGCCAUUCAUUUCAAACUUUAUCCAAUUAUUUAUUUUCCGACAUUUUAUUUAUAUUUAACUAAAAGUGAUAAACUUUGGAAAUCUUUGAAACCAAAUAUAAAGAAAAUGACAUUUUUUACAUUUACUUUAAUUGGAUUUAUUGUUCCCACUUAUUGGUCAUACCAUAUGUACGGACAGUUAUAUCUGGACGAGGGAUGGCUCUAUCAUUUGCAUCGCAAGGAUCCGCAACACAACUUCAGUCCGUAUUUCUAUAUCUAUCAUAUCAUCAAAAGUGAAGACAAACACAAAUUGUUGUCUUAUAUGGCAUUCAUUCCGCAAAUGUUAUCCGUUUUAUUGUUAUCUUUCUAUUAUUGUCUUAACUCUAAACACAAAACCCAAGAUCUCAUGUUUGGUAUCUUCGCUCAAACAGCUGUUUUCGUGACACUGAAUAAAGUGAUUACUUCUCAAUACUUCUUAUGGUAUUUCAGUCUUUUGCCGCUCAGUUGGCCAUACAUUGAAUUAUCGGCUAAAAAGUGGUUAUUUAUGCUCAUUGUAUGGCUCUUAAGUCAGGCUCAAUGGCUAUUACCGGCCUAUUUGUAUGAGUUUGAGGACUGGCAGUGUCUUCAAUGGGUUUGGACCGCCAGUUGUAUGUUUGUGGCCUUAAAUUUAGUAUUACUUAUAACUAUUGUUUCAGUUUAUAAAUGCAGUGAUAAAAAGCAAAAGAAAAGAGAUUAAAUUUUCCGGAUUAUUGUAUUACCAGAAAUAAUAUCUUAAAAAACAAUU